GUUUUUUUUUUGUUUCCAAGUAAAUAGGAGUGCGGCGGCGGAAUAUUCAAGCGCGGAAAUAAAUCGAAGAAGACGGUCCAAAGUUACCCGCGUUAAGAACUUUAAUUAAACAACACUUUGCACCUGAUGCCUGCUGCUUGACUGCCGGUAGAGUCAUAACUUAUUUACAGUAAUUCACAAAAGAGUCAACAUUACUGCUGAGCAAAGCCAUUCAAAAAGAAAAGGGUGCAACCAGAGCAAAAACAAAUAAAUCACGACAAGAAUAAAAUAGAAGAGAAGAGCAAAAAAGGAGAAAAAGCACAGCCAUGAAGGUUUGUUGUAUUGGCGCUGGUUAUGUGGGCGGUCCAACAUGUGCGGUAAUGGCACUCAAAUGCCCCGAUAUUGUUAUAACCCUGGUGGAUAAAAGUUCCGAGCGGAUUGCUCAGUGGAAUUCGGAUAAAUUGCCUAUUUAUGAGCCUGGCCUAGAUGAGGUAGUCAAGAAGUGCCGAAAUGUGAAUCUAUUUUUCUCCACCGACAUUGAGACGGCGAUUAAAGAUGCAGAUCUCAUCUUUAUAUCAGUCAACACGCCAACAAAAAUAAGCGGCAAUGGCAAGGGACGAGCUGCUGACCUGAAAUAUGUGGAAAGUGCAGCCCGUAUGAUUGCCGAAAUUGCUCAAUCAAAUAAAAUUGUCGUGGAGAAGAGUACAGUGCCAGUGCGAGCUGCCGAAAGUAUUAUGCAUAUAUUGAGGGCAAAUCAAAAGCCUGGCAUACAUUAUGAUAUACUAUCGAAUCCGGAAUUCUUGGCCGAAGGAACGGCUAUCAAUGAUUUACUUAAUGCUGAUCGUGUUUUAAUUGGUGGCGAAGAGACACCGGAAGGACAUCAGGCGGUAGAGAAACUAUCAUGGAUCUAUGAGCAUUGGAUACCCAAGAAGCAUAUAUUGACGACCAAUACAUGGAGUAGUGAAUUGUCCAAAUUGGCGGCAAAUGCAUUUCUAGCCCAACGCAUUUCCAGUAUUAAUUCCCUAUCGGCUGUGUGUGAAGCCACCGGUGCCGAUGUCUCUGAGGUGGCACGUGCCGUUGGUCUGGACUCGAGAAUUGGUUCCAAAUUUCUGCAAGCAUCGGUGGGCUUUGGCGGUAGUUGUUUCCAAAAGGAUAUACUCAAUUUGAUAUACAUUUGCGAGAAUCUUAAUUUGCCCGAAGUGGCGGCCUAUUGGCAACAGGUUAUCGAUAUGAAUGACUAUCAGAAGCGACGUUUCUCGCAAAAGAUAAUCGAGAGUCUGUUCAAUACGGUGUCGGAUAAACGUAUUGCCAUAUUGGGUUUUGCAUUUAAGAAGAAUACGGGCGAUACACGGGAAACGGCAGCGAUUACGGUGUGCCAAACGUUGCUGGAGGAGGGUGCCAAACUGGAUAUCUAUGAUCCGAAAGUGGAGCCCGAGCAAAUAAUCGAUGAUCUAACGCAUCCAAGUGUAACCGAAUCGCCGGAGAAUGUAAAGAAGGCCGUACAGAUUCACAGUGAUCCGUAUAGUGCGGUUCGAUCCACACAUGCCUUGGUUGUGUGCACCGAAUGGGAUGAAUUUGUGGAUUUGGAUUAUACACGCAUCUAUCAGUCGAUGAUGAAACCAGCAUAUAUCUUCGAUGGCCGUAAGAUCCUUGAUCAUGAGCGUUUGCAGCAAAUUGGUUUCCAUGUUCAGACAAUUGGCAAAAAGUAUCAGCGUACAGGACUUUUACGAUCCUGGGGAAUUGUGCCGCAGCUGUAGGGAGACUGCAUCAUCAAUGAGCCAAUUCCAAUCUACAACAUGGCAUUUAAACUUAAAAAGUUGACAAAAAGCAAAGCCCAAACCAUUUUCCAGUAUUUACGAGACGAAAUUUUAGUAAAUAUCGAUGUGUGUGUGUGUGUUUUAUAAGUUUUUUUUUUUUUUUUCGUUUGUUUUUUAACGCUGAGACAAGCCUAAAAGGUGUAGGUGUGUCUCUGAAAAUGGCAAAAUAGUGCUAGAAAAGCAGUCAAUCCCAAUGUACUAUAACAUUUAUCAAUCUGGACAGAAGAGAGAGAAACUACCGUCUCUAUAUUAUUUUGAUUCAAGUAUUAUAUAUAAAUUUAACGAUAUCGUAACUUAAUGAUAUCAUCAUCAUCUUUCUUAUCAAAAAUACUCAAUUGAUGUUGCCCUAAAAAACGGAGAUGGCUGUGUUUCUACUAAUUAUUAUAAUAAACUGCUGAUAACUACAACGAUGAAAAACGAUUCAGAGUAUCCUUGUAAAGGAUAUAAAUCUAUCUCCAAUUCGAACUGGUAUCUGCCCUAUCAGCUGAGUAUUUUUUGAUAAACUAUGACCCCCGAUCCCUAACUUUUUAUAUCUUUAAGAGGUUUCAUAGGAAUAUAGCUUUUCUAUAUUAAAUUUGUAAUGAAAAUGAAAUUAGGAAAAAAUCUAGAAAAUAGUUUAAGAGACAUUGGACAUUUAAAUAUUAUUAAUUCUCUUCUCUUUUUUUUCUUCCAUUUGUUAUAAAUGUAUAAUUAUUUUUUAAUUUAAUGAAUCAGUGGUGAAAAAUACGAAAAUUUUCAAUUGAUUAAGCUUCAACUUUUGUUAAUUUAUGUAUUGCAUUUCAUAAAAAUAAUUUGCCAUUUUUGUUGUCGUGUUGAGAUCACCGCACCUUAAGCAAUUGUAUUCCUAUAAUCGAUACCUUAUCAAUCAAGGAUCGAGAAAACCAACUGCAAUAUUAAAACCUUAACUGGAUUAAGCAUAUAUCUUCUCUACUUAUGUGGUUCCAAAUUCAAAAAAGAAACAUAAUAUAAAUAAAUAAAAUGUACAUUUUAUAAAUCACUUAAAA